AUGCAAAAUUUAAAUCAUGGGCCACCAUCACCGUUACAAUCUUCUGUUAUUAAAAGAGCAAAAUCUCUUGACAAUACACGUGAUAGUAACGAAAUGACAGAUAAUAAUUUAUCACAAAUUAUAAAAGAUACGUUCUCUACUCCUAUAUUCAUCGAACAAUUAUAUAAUUCCUUGGUUAAUUCUGACGUAUUUUUUAAAGCGAUUGAAACUGUAGUUAUAUCUACUUGUAAACAACAACAAGAGCAAAUUAAUGGAUUAACUGUUGAAUUAGAUAGACCCAAAUCUGAAGAAAAAGUGUCAUCUCACUUAAAUGAUUUAGAACAGUAUGGUAAACGUAAAGACCUGCUUAUCUAUGGUAUUCCAAUGAAAAAGGAUGAAAAUUGA